ACCGUGCUCAGUCUGCCUGUCACUCAGCUGCUGCUGCUGCUUCCAACGCAACUACUGGCCAGGCUGCUGCUCCGUGUCUGUCUGUCAGCGCAGACACUCACUGGGACGAGACAGCCCAUCCACAGCCAUACAGACACCCACUAACCCUGAACACUACUACUGCAACUGUUGCCAGAUAUUUUAUUUUUUGUACUGUUGUUUUGCAGCAGCAGCUUGAGAAGAAGAAAAGGAAAAUCUUGCUAGGAAAAAAAAUUAUGGGAAUAUAAUAGACUGGAGGAAAAAACACACAAGGAUUAUAAGGAGUGAAGGAAGGAAAGUUUAUAUCUACACAUUGCAACUCCGCGUGAAGACCCCAAAGGAGUUUAUAGGGGACACGAUGACAAGUUUUAUUCCUUGACCUGAUUAUUGUAUUAUUAUUGAUUUUAAUGUUAUUUUGCCAGACACCUUGAAAAAAAAAAACAUUUUCUUGCUGGGUUUGGAGGGUGUGACUGGACACGUUUCUGGAGCUGUCAUCCACUGGAGAUCUUUAUUUGAGGGUCACUGAUCUGUCUGGUCUGGGAGCUAAUCAUGCAUGUUGUGAUCAAUACUGGCACUACAUUUCAGGAUUGAAGACAUAGACACAAUAUUUUAUCACAAUUUACCUAUUUAUCGUGGCAGUGUCAUUUAUUAUACAUAAAAAACACAAAUCUAAACCGUGCGUAUGUUUGUGUGUGCAGGCUGGAGGGAGCGCUCAAGCCAUCCUUCUACCAUGUCAUAGAAAAAGGCAUGGAGACCAAAGGAUAUCACAGCUUCAAGGAAGGAACAGAUAUGGAGAGACGAUGGGGGCAGGUGCCUCAGUCCAUGGAAUAUUCCUCAACAGAUUCCAGACAGCAGACUCCUGAGAACACAUACAUGGAAAUAGUAAAUGUGAGCUGCAUAUCUGGUGUUUUUUCACAAAACGAUGUGGCAGUUGAUAGUAAAGAGAAACAAGAACUUCUCUCUUGCCACCAGCCAGAUAACAAUCAACCAGGGGUGUUAUCACAGGAAUUGAAAUCUGAAAUGGAGUCAAAAGAACUUUCCACUACUGUAGCUGAAUCUAUGGGAUUGUAUAUGGACUCUGUUCGGGAUGCUGAUUAUACUUUUGAACAGCAAAACCAACAAGAAGCUAUAAAUCCUGGAAAUAUUUAUCAAAAUAUGGAACAGUUUGUAAAGUUUUACAAGCAAAAUACACAUGGCACUUUUCCAAUAGACUGUCAGACCCAGCCAGCUAGGCCACUUCUAGAUUCUGACAAUCCCAUGAAUGGCAAAAUAAAGAUUCAUACUGCAAGGAGCCCUUUAACCUGCAAUGAAAAAAGUUCAUCAGCCUGUAGUCCCUCUAACAUGGCACAUUCUGUUUGCAGUCCCACUGGAAUAAACUCUGUUUCCUCAACUACUUGUUCCACCAACUUUGGAAACUUUACUGUGCAUAGUCCCGUUAACCAUGGUACGCCUGUGUCAUGCUCACCAAAUAUUGAGAACAGGUGUUCCAUUUCUCAUAGCCCUGCACAUACAAAUACUGUGGAGUCACCCUUAUCUAGUCCACUGAGUAGCAUGAGAUCUCCCAUUUCAAGCCCUCCAAGUCAUUGCAGCUUAAAAUCUCCAGUAUCUAGUCCCAAUAAUAUCACAAUGAGGCCUUCUGUGUCUAGUCCUGGAAAUAUAAACACAAGAUGUUCUCUAUCCAGUCCUUCCAAUGCCAAUAAUAGGUCCACUAUUUCUAGCCCUGCUGCAAGUUCCAUGGUAUCUUCUAUUUCUAGCCCUGCAAACAAUGUUUUGGGGUUCUCUAGUAUAGGCAUGUCUACAGACUGUGGAACUGCUCAAGAUACAGCUGUGAAGACAGAGGUUAAAGAUAAAGUUGCUCAAGUAAUUUUUCCUAAAUUAGAAGUAAUGGAAAAUGAAAUGUCUGACUGUAGAACAACUGGCCUGGUGAAAUUUAUUAAACCAGAUCCAGAUGGUAAUUACAGUAACUCAUGUUUUGGUGGUAACAAUAAAAUCACUUCUGAUUCUGCUUUUCCAAUCUCAGUUAAGGAGGAAUCAUGUAAAAGUACUUGUUCUAAUUCUGUAUUUAAAGGUAGUCAGUCUGGAAAUCCUUUCCCAUUUAUGGAUGGCUCAUAUUUUUCUUUCAUGGAUGACAAAGAUUACUAUUCUCUCUCUGGAAUCUUAGGACCACCUGUUACAUCAUUUGUCAGCAGCUGUGAAGGUAAUGGCUUUUCUAACCAAGGCCUAACAAUGGGAAUUAAACAGGAGGUAGAUGACGGCAGCUUUUACCAAGAGAACAAUAUACCUUCUUCAGCUAUUGUUGGGGUUAAUUCAGGUGGACAGUCAUUUCAUUAUCGAAUUGGAGCUCAAGGCACAAUCUCUUUGUCACGACCUGUGCCUAGAGACCAGUCUUUCCAACAUUUGGGCUCUUUUCCACAAGUUGGUUCUCUGGUUGAAAGUUGGAAGUCACACCCUGACAUGUCUCAGAACUCUCUUUCAUCCAGGAGAAAUGAUGGUUUUUCAGUUCCAGGAUACAUUCCAGAAAAUGUGUCAAGCUCUUCUUUGCGGAGCAUGACCACUGGAUCAUCACGACCUUCCAAAGUAUGUCUUGUCUGUGGUGAUGAGGCAUCUGGAUGUCACUAUGGAGUAGUUACCUGUGGAAGCUGCAAAGUCUUCUUCAAAAGAGCAGUGGAAGGUAAAUGUUCAAGGCAGCACAGUUAUCUCUGUGCAGGAAGGAAUGAUUGCAUUAUCGACAAGAUUCGGAGAAAAAACUGCCCUGCAUGCCGAUUACAAAAAUGUCUCCAAGCAGGGAUGAAUCUCGGAGCUCGAAAGUCAAAAAAGUUGGGCAAAUUAAAAGGAGUGCAUGAAGAGCACCAGCCUCAGUCACAUCAACAGCCUCCUACACCAAGCCCUAAGGAGGAAACAGCGUUCACUUGUACAAAAGAGACCUCAGUUCCUGCAAACACAGCUAUUGUUCCUCUCAUAUCUACUGUAUCUCCUGCUGUGGCUCUGUCGGCGGGGAUGAUUCUUGAAAACAUUGAGCCUGAAGUAGUGUACGCAGGAUAUGACAGUGCACAGCCAGAAUCUGCUGAACUUCUUCUAUCCACCCUCAACCGACUAGCUGGGAAGCAGAUGAUUCAAGUUGUAAAAUGGGCAAAAGUGAUUCCCGGAUUUCGAAACUUACCUCUUGAGGACCAAAUUACUUUAAUCCAGUACUCCUGGAUGUGCCUAUCAUCUUUUGCCUUGAGCUGGAGAUCAUACAAACAUACCAACAGCCAAUACCUGUAUUUUGCCCCAGACCUGGUAUUUAAUGAAGAUAGGAUGCGCCAGUCUGCCAUGUAUGAGUUGUGCCAAGGUAUGCAGCAGAUCAGCUUGGAGUUUAACCGUUUACAGCUAAAAUUUGAAGAAUAUACAAUAAUGAAAGUGUUGCUACUGCUAAGCACAGUACCAAAGGAAGGACUUAAAUCUCAAGCAGCAUUCGAAGAAAUGAGAAUUAACUACGUUAAGGAGCUUAGGAAAAUACUUCUGAAGGGUCCACACAGCACAGGACAAAGCUGUCAGAGAUAUUUCCAACUGACAAAACUUCUGGACUCCAUGCAUGACCUUGUUAGCGACUUGUUGGAAUUCUGUUUCUACACUUUCAAGGAAUCUCAGGCAUUGAAAGUGGAGUUUCCAGCUAUGCUUGUGGAGAUAAUUAGCGAUCAGCUGCCAAAGGUGGAAUCUGGAAUGGCCAAGCAGUUAUACUUUCACAGGAAAUGACUGGAAGAUGUCUUAAAAGGAGAACGCUGCCUUACGUUUCCUGAAGUUCCAUACUGAAACAGGACCCGAGAAACCACGUUUUCUAACAUUCUAAAGAAAUCUGAUCCUCUAUUUCUAUGUUGAAUGAAAUAAAAUUAGAAUGUUUGUGAACCGAAGACAGAUGUACCUGGAAUUAUAGAAGUUGUGACACAGAAACACUUGAAUAUUACUCCUGUUCCUAUGGAUAAAAAGCCAUAUCUAGUCAACACUUUCAUUUUGAUAUUUUAACAUACUGAAGUUUUAAAUACACCAUGGAGUAUCUGAUUUUGUUUGAAAAAAAAAAAACGAUUUAAGGACAAAUACAGACUUUUUUUAAGCCUACCCCUGGUUUGCACAGAGUACGUUCAAUAUGGGGCAUUAAAUAUUCUUUUCUUGUAUAAAAGAAAUAUUGUGUAAAAUAUUAAGGAACAUUUGAUGUUGAAUAAUCACAUCCCACUUGUGAUAUUUGUUAUCCUAUGUUAGCAAUUAUACUGUAGAUGAAAGACCUGGGCUCUUUAAUGUAUGCUGCUCAGAUGAGUACAAGAUGAUCGCUGCGCAUGAUUAGUCCCAUGCGCAGGCCAGAAUUAUUUGCCAUGUGAGCACGCAGCGAGAUUUAUAUGAAACUUAGUGUGUAAUGUAGACCUUUAUUUAAUUAAAACAGAAAGAUAAUGAUAAGAUUUUAAAGAAAUGCCCCGUCUCAAUUUAUAGUAUCUAUAUUGUGCUGGCUUUACAAAUCAUUUUCUGCAGUCUACUCUGUACUGUAUAUUGCUGUAUGUAUACAUUGUGAAGGACCUGAAUCAAAAUGUACGGAAAUUUUGUAAAUGAGGAAAACAAAAUCUUUAAUGACGAAUAGGAUGAAUGGAAAGUAUAGGAAAGUAUUUUUGAAAGAAUUCUAUUUUGAUGGAAACUAUUUAAGUACUAUCUUUGUCUAAAUAAGGUAAUUUUUUUGUAAAGUGAAAUGUUUUGCAUGGAUAAUGAACUGUUUACAGUGUAUUUAAGAAAGGGAAAGCUGUGCCUUUUUAGCAUCAAAUCUAAUUUACCAUUUUACAAGAUCUGUUUGUAAAUAGACUCGCUCUAACCCCCAUUUUUUUCAGUUAUAUUUAAGCUUUUCUACUUUUCUGUAAAGAAAAAAAAGGUUCUACUUUUUGUGUAUCGCUUGCAAGUAAUAUUGGAGCACAUUUUAGGAAUUUCGCUUCCUGUUUUCUUGUGAAUUUUACUAUUUUAUGUUUCAAGUUUGCUUUCAGUAUCUUCAAUACUACCCACAAUAUGGGAUUCUAAAUACAACUGACGGGCUUUCCUAUGAAUAUCAAUGUGAGAAAUAUACUGAAAGGAAAAACUUAUUUUGGGAUCACUAGGGUUUGUUAUUUUUCUAGAAAUGCUUUCUUAGGGGAAACUCUCCCAAAAUAUGAUGGCACUUCUGUUUUUUAAGAAGAAGAAAAAGAAAUGAGGCAUGCCAAAAAUGAUCUUUUAGAGAGCACUUUACUUACUGUAUAAAGAGAUCUUACAUCCCAAAUAUUGUAUUUUCAACAUGAUAUGUGUAAAUGAGUUUAAAUGAGAAGUACCAGUUGCCAAGGCAAGGUAUAUUUACAGUGGGAUAGAAGACUUUCUGACACUGAUAUGCAUUUUGUACAGGUUCAGCUCUAUAUUAAAAUAAAAUUUAAUUUGUUUUUGAAGUAUGGAAUUACCAAAUAGUAUGGGUAAAUUUGCACUUACCAAAUAAUUGUAAAAUUAAGAGUCCUUAAAAUAAACUCCGUUACUGCCAGGGAACAAUUCUGGCAUACAAAACACUUUUACAGCUCUAAGUGAAUAAAGAAAAAAAAAUGAGAAUAAAGCACUUUAUAGGAUAAAUGGGGUGUUGUAAAGCCAAAUGAAUUUAAUCAAACUGAAAACAUUAAAAAUGGAAAUAUUUACUUAGCAAGGUCUGAAAUUUGUUCCUUUAGCACAGGUCUUACCAUGCAGUCACUUUUCUGGAUUCAUUAAAGCUUACUAGUCAUGCAAGCUGCAACUGUGAGAUUCAGUGUGUAAUUGAGGUCCUUUUAGCACUCGCUACAGAAUAAGGUGGAGCUAUAGAAAUAAAUGAUAUUACUGAUAAUGAGUUUCCAAGACAGAACAUUUUACAUUGAAAUCUCUGUGUAUUACAAACAGGUGUUGUCUACCUAUGUUGUUGAGAAGGUAUUAUAAUAUUGUAUGUAAUAAAAUGUACUUUAUACACUUUCUAUUUUUAUUUUGUAAGUCAAAGUACAUUUAGGACUACAUUUUUUUAAGAAUGAUAUUCUUAUUUUACAUUUUCAGCUAUGUAAAGUAGGUCUCUUACUUUUUGUGAUUAGGUUGAACCCAUUCUUUGGGCAAAUGUGAAGUUUUUAUGCAGCUCUAAAUGUGAGCUAAAAAAACCUUUACCUCUAUAGGUCUUAGCUCUAAAUGUACUCAUUUAGCCCUUUACUGUUACACCAUCUUUUUCUCAAAUGUUAUGACUGUAAGAUUCAAAAUAAGACAUAAAGCCUCUCUAUGGUAAAAGAUAAUGCAAUGUAUACAAAACUAGAAGUAAAUACAACUUAAGUGAAAUAUCAGAUACAUCACAGAGCACAAUGCCCUUAUGGCCAACAGUUUAAGGAGAUUUAAGGCUCAUAUACAGAAAAGACUUCUUCUGCUAGGUCUGGGAGCUGCUAUCUAACAGACCAACAUGCUUAAGCUCUCUUUUGCGUGUUUCCAAUAGAAAGAUAUUGUGCUGUUUAAAUAGUUUGCCACUUUGCCUCUUGUUUUGAGACAUUCUUUACUUUCCUAACAUUUGCAAGAAAAAUCAACAGGCCCUCAAAAGGUAAAGGGCUUACUGCGUCCCCUAAGAUGCAAAAAAACGCCACUUGUGGAAAAUACAAAAUAAGAUCAUCAUAAAAAAAAAAAAAAUCAUAUUCCUUAAAGCACCGCUGUAUGAAGAGCAAAGGACUAAUUUACAUUAUAUACUGCUAGAAAAAAUCUUAAAGUGCGACACAGACUUUUCAAUGUAAAAUAUCUUUCUGUGUUAUCCAAUGAGGGGUCUAGUAGUUCUGCAGUUUGCAGGACCAGUGAACUUUAUGAAUCUAGGCAUCAUGUCCCUAAUAGUUUCUUGAACUACUAGUUAUUUGCCUGGUGAACAUUUUUCAUUUUGUUUUUUAAUAAUUUUGAAAAACAUGCAACUUUAAAAUAAUACUGAAUUCAGUAAAUAAAAUAAGCUGUUUCUGAGUA